UGUUUGUAGUUACUUGUGAGGAUUUUUGUUUUGAUGUGCAUUCUUCAUUUUAUGUUAUAUUGUUUGAUUGAAUAUUGAUUUCACCUGUGCAUUUUUUUCUUGUGGUGUUAUUUGUUUUAAUGGAUUGAAAUGGCAGCACGGUGUUUGGUUGGCAUGUCUCAAAUCAAGUUUGGGGUUCAAAUCCUGGCUCCAACCUUCCUGUGUGGACUUUGCUUGUUCUCCCUGUGCUUGUGUGUGUUUUCUGCAGGUACCCCGGCUUCAUUCCACAUUCAAAUAUGUCCAGCGAUUGCCUGGGAGUGAGCCAGUCCACCGUGUACCCUGGCUCUUACCCAAAGUAAGCUGGGUCUCCAGCUAUGUACAGAAUGAGAAAGGUUGUAAAAAAGACAUCCACGACCUUGCGUUUUCCAACGUCACCGUGCGCAUGACGUCAUCGCACCUCUUUAUCGACUUCCGGUCCUGCCGCUAACCCACCGAGCUCCAUCACCAUGGAGGUGAACCGGGAUGAGGCGGAGCGGUGCAUCGACAUCGCCGCCGCGGCGCUGGGCAGCGAGCAGCCGGACAAGGCGAGGAGGUUCCUGGAGAAGGCCCAGAGGCUCUUCCCCACCGAGAAGGCGAGGGUGCUGCUGGAGCUCAUCUCCAAGAACGGCUUCACACCCAGACAAGACGCACACGUAGACUUGAAUGGAGACUCAGGGCCUCGACUACGACAGAACCAAAGUGACCAUAAUAGACCUCAAGAGAACCCCUCAGAUACCUCAAAGUCCUACACCGCGGAGCAGGUGGCUGCUGUGCGAAGGAUCAAGCAAUGCAAAGAUUUCUACGAGAUCCUCGGUGUGCAGAAGGAUGCCUCUGAGGACGAACUUAAAAGAUCUUACCGAAAACUUGCAUUAAAAUUCCAUCCAGAUAAGAAUCAUGCUCCCGGUGCCACGGAGGCGUUUAAAGCCAUUGGGAAUGCGUACGCCGUGCUGAGCAGCGACAACAAAAGACGACAGUACGACGCAUGCGGCGAGGAAAGGCAGCAUCCUUCCAGCCAGGCAGAUAGCAACUUUGAUGCGGAUAUUUCCCCUGAAGACCUCUUCAACAUGUUCUUUGGAGGAGGUUACCCAGCGAGUAGUCACCAAGCAUACACAAAUGGAAGGGUGCAUCACCAGAGGCCACAAAGAAGAGAGCGACCACGAGACGGGGGCCUCGCCCUCUUCGUGCAGGUCAUGCCCAUCCUCAUCCUGGUUAUUGUGUCGGCUCUCAGUCAAAUUAUGGUCAAAGGCCCCACCUACAGCCUCAGCUAUCGGCCGUCGGCAGGCCACACGCAGAAGCGGCUGACGGAGAACCUGAAGGUGGCCUACUACGUGGCCGAGCACUUCCCCAAAGACGUCAACGACGGGAACCUCAAGCGCUUGGAGGAGACGGUGGAGGACGAUUAUAUCUCCAACCUGCGUAACAAUUGCUGGAAAGAGAAACAGCAAAAGGAAGGCAUGCUGUACCGAGCACGCUAUUUCGGUGACUCGGAUCUGUACCAGAGGGCGCAGAGGGCUCGGACGCCGAGCUGCGCCAAGCUGUCCGAGAUCACCGCCUCCUUACACGGCUGAAGUCGCAUUGCCUCCCUCCUUAUUUUUGCAAACUGACCUAGCUGUAAAUAGAUGAGCUUCACUCCUGAAGACGACUUGACGUGGAACACUUGACUCAACGGCUCCUGCUAAACUGGUUAAAAAGUGACAAAGCAAAGGGUAAGGAUUAGCUCCGGGGCACCAAACUGUGUUUCAUAAGCCAGUGGCACGGCAUUUCUUUUUGUGGGCGCAUUUAAUCAAUAAGAAAGUUUGGGCAUUCGGCUUCAGUUUUGCACCUUCGAAGCAACCCAUUUGAAUCUAUGCAGAAAUCAUGCGGAAACACACACGUAUUGCCCCAACACCUCACAUAUGUUGUCAUUGAUGUCUCGGCCACAGUAAUGUGCAAAGGCUUUAAGACAUUCACAGUUAGAUUUCUUGUUUUAGCAAUGCUAGCAUGUCCAUAAACAGUAAAUUCUAAAAUGACAGUCGUGUGAGUCGUGGGGGAGGAUUUCGAAUGAGUCACAGAUUGUCCCAAUCGUAACUUUAACCCUGAAGCCCCAAACACUAAACCCCGAGGCGAACCCUUUAACCAGUGGUGGUCCCAUCUUGAACGGCACCCUGUGCGAGACCCCAACCCCACUCCACGACCACCACGAACAACCUGUUAGGCGCACACACCCGCCAUCUCUUCUCGCAUCUGUUUGACAGAAGGCGAUUCCAGAAGGCCACAGAUGGGUGCAAAUUCCCCAUACGAAUGCCAAUGAUUGACAUGUCACGAUGCCAAUAGAAGACCGUGUCUGAUUUUUGGCACGUGUUCUGGCAUUGACGGCAGACACCUCACUGAGAGCAACGUGCGGUGGGUCCGCACCACAAACAAGCAUGUGGAAAUGUUUGACUAAAAACAAGGCCAAGGACCAGAGACAAAUAUACAAAAAUGGCCGCUUAGUCGAUGAAACGAGAACCAUCAACAUUUUCCCGUUACUCUAACCUCUAACCUUGGCCUCCACCAAGGCCCAACUGUUCACAGCAGUUAAAAAAAAAUAGAGGCGUGCCAUUUGGCUACGUCUUGGUCUGUAACUCAUUAAACGGCGAUCGAAAAUUCCGAUAACUGCACCUUUAUCCACAUUGGCAUCUUCCUUUGCCCAUGUGCCAACCCUCAACAAUCCGGUUUGCCUCUCACAUAUGUCUCUCGGCCUUUUUACUCUUGCUGAGGAAAAAGCUCAUUCAAACAAGCCUGUUGGCGGAUCGAGACCUUUGCACAAUACUUCCUUGUUUUUAAUGUUUGUCUCGGUUGGAAUAAUUGCAUUGUCAGUCACCUGAAAACUCUUCCCACCGUGUUUUUACCGGGCGAUAUAGGGGAAUGAAAUAAAAAGUGGAAAUGCUUAACAA